UAAUAUCGAUCGCUACAAUAGGUCUGCGUGCGUGAAAACGUAAAACGUAAAAAGCGGCUCAGCCGACGUUGGCCAUAUCGAUCUAACCUAUCGGCUAUCGCUCAUCAUCCGCCUCCAGGACUGCUCAAGUGCAAUGGACGAGUGCCCGAGUCUGGACCAUCCCGCGGGCAAAUACAUGCGCCAAGUGCCCGAUGGCUUGCACGAACUCAGCUCCGAUAUAGCGCGAGAGGUUAUUCGCUAUCAGCCGGAUGACAUUUACAGCUUCGUUGCCGAUUACUUGGCGAGUCUACUGAUAACGCGAGAAAAUGCCAAAGUGGCCAUGAAAGUCGUGAACAACGUGGUGAUGAAGAGCGAGCACAUAAUCGAUAUUUUGUGCGGCACCGGCUUGAAAUUGAAGGAGAUCUCGGCGGUGGCGCCGAGGCUGCAGCAAGCUUUCAGGGUCUACCUCAACGCCAUGGAGGACGGGAAGCUCGACUGCGGCUGCGACGACGAGGUGCUGUCGGAGCAAACGGAAGUGUCGCUCUACGACAUACUCAUGCAUACCGGAGCGACUAAACGCCAAGCCGAGAAAGCAGCUGUCAAGAUACAGGCGCUGUUUCGUGGCCACCGCGAGAGGAUCGUGCUGGCCGAGCAGCUGGGUAAAGUCACUUGGCAAAAGGCCGCUACGGAUACCAUGGAGAUUUUGAGAGGAACCGGAGUUACGAUCAGCGAAGCUCACUUGGCCGCUACCAUAAUUCAAACGGCGUAUCGCGGCUACUACACCAGAAAGAAGCUGAGAGCCGCCAGAGCUGCCCAAUACAUAGAUCCGGAGAAGUGGCUACAGCAGAUGUGGGAGCAAAAAGGUGUUACCUUGGAAAUGGCCAACGAGGCUGCAACGGUCUUGCAGCGCGCCUAUAGAAGUUACCGCGAGAGAAAGUUAUCUGGCAUGAGCUACCUCGUGCCGCAAUACGACCAACAAAUCAAUCAAAUGUUUGGCGCUCACAUAGAUGAUUUUCCAAGUCGCUCAGAUAUUGAUUAUUACGGCGAAUACGGUUCGGUGACGACCUUUAAUUUUUCCAUGGGUGAGCCCGAUAAGUUGCCAGUCGACGAUAUGAACGCAAAGCCUAGCUCGUUCAGAGAUGGCUUAGAUGAUUUCGAUCAAGCAGAAGAUAGUGGCGAUAUAAACGACGAAGAAAACAAUGAUGAUGUUGGCGCAGCCGACGAAUGAAACUCUAAGAAAUUUACGUUUCUUAAUGUACUGCUUAUGCAUACUUUAUAUGUA